GAAAAAAAAAAAAAAAAAAAAUCCUCUUUGUGUCUCGACGAAAAAAUAAAAGCACUACCGGCGGGCAUAGAAACAUAGUUAAUCGGAGAGAGAGAGAGAGAGAGAGAGAAUGGGGAAGACGGAGUACAAAAGGCUGAAGGGAAGCCAGGGACUGAGGCAGCGACUGCUACUGGCUACGCUUUCGGCGACGCCGAUUCUCAUCGAAGACAUCCGCGCCGACCACACGUGGCCUGGUCUCCUUCCCCACGAGGUCUCCUUCCUCCGCUUGCUCGAGAAACUUUGCGAUGACUGUGUUGUCGAAAUCAACGAGACCGGCACAAAGUUGAAGUACAAGCCUGGAAUAGUGAUGGGUGGUAGAAAUCUGGUGCAUGAUUGCGGUGUUAGUAGAUCCAUUGGCUAUUUUUUGGAGCCUCUGCUUGUGCUUGGUUUGUUUGCCAAGAAGCCCAUUACCAUAACGCUUAAAGGAAUUACAAAUGAUCCAAAGGAUCCCUCUGUUGAUACUUUCAAGUUUACUACACUCAAAAUUUUGAGUCGCUUUGGAGUUCCUUCGGAUGGGUUGAAACUGAAGAUAGAGAGUCGUGGAGUGCCUCCUCUUGGUGGUGGAGAAGUUGUUUUGGAUAUUCCAACUGUCCAAAGUCUAAAUGCAGUCACGUGGAUUGAUGAGGGAAUGGUUAAGAGAAUUAGAGGGGUUACUUUCUCAACUAGAGUGUCUGCUCAGUUUGAAAAUACUAUGACAUUUGCUGCUCGUGGAAUCUUUAAUCGUUUGAUUGCGGAUGUUUAUAUAGCUAGUGAUCAUAAAGUGCGUUCACAAGCUGGAAACUCACCUGGUUAUGGUAUUUCACUGGUUGCGGAAACUACUUCUGGUUGCAUCAUCUCUGCUGAUACAGCUGUUUCUUAUGCACGGAAUGAAGAGCACACUGAAUUUGAUGAUGAGGACAACAAAGUGAGACUUCCUGCAGAGGAUGUUGGUCUGCAAGUUGCUUCUAUUCUACUUGAGGAGAUUGAGCAAGGUGGAGUAGUAGAUUCAACACACCAGGGUUUGUUAUUUCUUCUUUGUGCAUUGUGCCCACCAGAUGUAUCAAAGGUUCGUGUUGGGAAGCUCUCACCGUAUGGCAUAGAAACACUUAGACACAUUAGAGAUUUUCUGGGAGUUAAAUUUGUCAUAAAGCCAGAUCCAUCUACAGGAACUGUUAUACUUAAAUGUAUGGGUUGUGGCUUGAGGAAUUUAUCUAGGAAAGUCGCUUGAUGGCAAAGAGUAGGUGUAGGAGGUUAUGCUUGUAUUUUUAUAGAGAUUGUCAAGUAGCCUAACAAGCAUCUACUCUGCCAAAAAAAAAAAAAAAAACUAUGAUACUAUGGGUUCCUUUCAGCUGACUGGAAGUUCUGUUGUAAACAUUUUGGCCAUAAUCAAUUGAGAGAAAUUUUGAUAUUUUUUAUAAUUAA